AUGAGAGUGUUUGUUGUGGCGAUCAGUUUGAUACUCGUCUGUAAGUUGGUCUCAAAUAUUAGAGGUUUGCAAUUAAAGUUUUCAGCAGCACAAGACGCAUCGAAUGCGAAUACUAUCAAACUCGAACAUCCUAGUUGCGUCAACUGGCCCACUUGUGAUGGUGAGUGAAGAGAACUUUCAUGGUCCCUGACAAACGUUCUCGUUUUUUGUUGUUGCAGUUCCGUCUAAUGUGCCGCCUAAAUUGCUUUCGGCGUAUCAAACGGCAACGUCGUCGGUUCCGAUUCGAACCAAAAGAGCCGCUAACGGUAACAGUUAAUUUCUCCGUUUCGACGCCGUUGAACCGACACAUUUCAGACGAGCCGUUCGAUUCGUUCGUCGCCAAAAUGUCGCUGACCGCCCGUGUCGUCACCGCGAUCACUCUCCAAAACGGACUCAUCGACGGAGCGAUCCCUGCCGACGAGGCGAUCGGCGAGCUCAUGAACAUCGGCGCUGUCAGUCUCGAUGAUCUGCAGAAAGUGGAGCCGAAGACCGUUGAGGAGUUUCUUGGCAAGGUGCAGAGUGUGGCCGCCGAAUUUCACGAUGACGAAUACGGAAUCGAGAAAGCACUGAUUGAUGCGAAUUGGAUGAAAAGAACAUGGAGCAAUGUCGGUGACCUGAGCAAGUUACCCAAGAAGGCAGAUUUCAAAGCUCUGGAUUCGAUUGCCAAUCUCGAUGUAUCCAAGGUGAAGUAUGCGUCUAUCGAAAAGAACAUUGGUGAUCUGGAAGGCAGCCCCAGCGACGCCGACCUCGGGAACAUCAAGACUUCUCUGGAAGCGCUGGCGAAGGAAGUUCAAGCAUCCCUCAGCUCGAUCGAUCUCGACAAACCAGUGGAGUUUCUUGACAGAAUGCAGCCGCUGAAGCUAUUCGUCGAUCUUGUGAAGUAUUCCAUGCAGAAUGUUAUCAAUCUGUCUAUACUCUCUAGUGACCAAAACACAAAGUUUGGUGAAAAUUUGAAGAAAGCGGAAGGACUGUCGGCGUUGGCAACCACGAGCUUCGGGACAAUGCAUGCUGUCAUCUCGUCACGUGUCUCUCACGUCGUUAUCGAUCGGAAGCACACUCCCGGACUGGUCAACGGGUUCUCUGACCUUCAGAAACUUUCGGAUGACACGUCGGACACGUGGCUUUCCGGAAUCAUCGAUCCAUCGAUCAAACCGGAUGCUCUGAAGCCGUUGCUGACGAUAAAAGAGAAGGCGGACAGUCUGAACGACAAGUGGCAGUCGAUCUCCACGAAGAAGAACUCCGAUACUCUCAAACGAGCGGCCAGCAUUCAAAACAGCAUCAAAGAAGCCGACGGAACUUCACAGAUAGCUGAGCAAAGCUUGAGCUCGUUUCAAAACAUUCAAACAAGCAGUGCGGUCACUAUUGUGGUGCAGAAGUUUGAAGCUGUAGGCGAUCGUGUCGAUUUGUUGGUGAGAAAGUUGAAAUCACUUCAAGCAGUAUCUCAGGCACUCUCGAAGGGAAGUCCCGAACAAGUCCAGCAGAUUCGUCAACUUCUUCAAUUGCUCGAGCCGCAAUUGAAAGUUCUUCAAGAAGCGCCGACCGUGAAAGAACUGGUAUCCAGCUUGAAAAAGGAGGACAAUCUUGUUGAGUCCUUCGGCUUGACAUUCAAAUCAAAUAUCGACGACUUCAAGGCGCUCAAAGAGAAAACGAACAAUCUAGAGAAGGUGGCAGCGGGCGCGCAGCUGUUGAAAGACAUCCGUCAGUUGAAGACCAACAACGAGUUUUUAAAGGACGUCAAAGCGAUCGCCGCGGCGUUCUCGGAUGCUUCGAAACUGCUGGAGGAUGUUCGAUCGACGGCGGCCAACAUUACGAAGGUUGCGAGUGAGGAUGCGAAGAAGCUGUCGAAGUUCAAAGAACUCAAGACAUACUCGAAGCCGCUCGGAGACUCUGUGGCUGCUGUCGUUGCCGUUCAGAAGGCGUUGGCACAGAAGAAGACGUUCGAGACGUUUGUGGCCGACGGAGCCGUCGUGGAGGAGGAAGCGGACAAGCAGCAGAACACGAAUCUCAAGUUUACGAUCAAGAGUGACUGGGGGGACUUUGAGAGGGAUAAGCACGAAGUGAGCAUGCUGGUCAGUGAUUUGGAAGUGCGAAAGAUCAAGAUAAAGACUCCGAGCGGCGCGCAACUCGUCGACUUUUCACCACUGUUUGAAGAGUUCAAAGGAUUGAAAGACUUGGAUUUGCACCCGGACAAAAAGCUGGAGGCUAUCAGAGCGCUCAAAGGUCAAGGCGUCAGCAAUCAGAAACUGUCGGGCCUGGAGACGGUGCUCGGCGGACUCUCUGCUCUCGAUCUACAGUUUGCCCGAUUCAGCGGAGCCCUCUCUGAAAUCCAUCAAACUCUGGCGCACGUGGGUUCGGUGUGGAAGAAGCCGUCCGUCUCGACGUCCUUCUCGACGUCAACAAGAGCCCCGAAGACUACAAAAAAAGUCGUGCAGGAGUGAGUCUUUCUGAAACUUGGACAUUAGACGAACCGUUCUCAAUUUCAGCAUUCUGCUCGUCGCCGAAUCGUCUAGUCCCCCUGCGGCUCUUUCGACCUUCUCCAUGUUUGUUUGUCGCAUCGACUCUACUAUUCUAAUUAUUUUAGAGCUUCUAUCUGUCUGGGCUGUGUACUCGGUUGCAUUUUCAUUGCUGUUGUAAUAAUCUGUCUCCUCAAGAAAAAGCCAUGGAAACGGACACGGACACCGAAACCGGAACCGGUAGUGGAACCGAUAGUGACACCGAUUCCGGGAGUGGAACCGUUAGUGACACCGAAACCGUCCGUCGUUAAUUGGAACGAUGCUUUCAGUCCUUCGGUGCCUGCUUCUCGGGCCGGCAAUCGUCGACAACGGGCCAACUCUGCUCCGGCCGCCAUUGCUCCUCAAGCGGUCAACCCUGCUCCGGCCGCCAUUGCUCCUCAAGCGGUCAACCCUGCUGCUGGCGCCAAUGGUCAACAACGGGCUCUCCGUUCUCCGGCCGCCCUUGCUCCUCAAGCGGUCAACCCUGCUCCGGCCGCCCUUGCUCCUCAAGCGGUCAACCCUGCUCCGGCCGCCCUUGCUCCUCAAGCGGUCAACCCUGCUCCGGCCGCCCUUGCUCCUCAAGCGGUCAACCCUGCUCCGGCCGCCCUUGCUCCUCAAGCGGUCAACCCUGCUCCGGCCGCCCUUGCUCCUCAAGCGGUCAACCCUGCUCCGGCCGCCCUUGCUCCUCAAGCGGUCAACCCUGCUGCUGGAGCCAAUGGUCAACAACGGGCUAACCCUCAUGAUGACGCUGGUGUCGUUGUCCCACGUGCUGAACAGGAGCACACCGCUCGUCAGAAUAGACCUCCAAGACCUGAGUAAGUUUUCGCGUAUGGAUGCCACGAAUCAAACGAAAUCGUUUCAGGGAGUUUUUAGAGAGCCAGAACGACGACGACACCUUGGCAUGCGUCGCUAGCAUUAGAUGA